ACAAUAUUUGUAGAGAUGAAUGUAAGCCAUUUUAGAAAUGAAAAAUAUUUUUUCAAAUGAUGUUAUUUACAUGUUUUAUGUUAGCAUUAUUCUCAUAAAUGUGGAAAUUAUUAGCUCUAAAGGAGAGAUACCCUCUGCAUAUGUCACGGAUAUCUAUUAUUCAUGGAAAGAGGCAAACGAAAUAUGUGAAAUGAUUAGAUUAUAUGAUAACAUACAGUUCCCUGACACGUAUGGCACAUUAAGUUGGGUAGAUGCGCCUGUAGAAUAUUCCCAAUGGGUUGAAUAUAAAGAUUGUGUGAACGUGAAACCAGAGUUCAUAGAAAAACAUAAACGUGUUCAAUAUGGCGAUCAGUUGGGGCAAUGCUUGCAGUAUUGUGAAGACUAUGACUACAUUGGAUUACAGCAAUCCAAUUGUUCCUGUUUGAGCCUUUCUGAAAUGAGUCAUAACACUGUCAUAUCAGGUUGUUCACAUAAAGAAAUAUGCAGAGGAGACAAGUACGCAUACUGUGCAAAUGGCAUCAGUAAUUUUAACUGUUUUAUUAUCUACAAAAAAGUGAAUAUCAACGAGCAAUUACACAUCGGAAAUUGUUUAAAAGUUACAAGGGCUCACGACCAAAAUAGUUCUUUUAGAGCAAGCCCGUGUAAUGGAGUCUCCAAACCGUUGUGUACAAGCAUGCGCAGUUUCUACGGACAUUCGCAAAAUUGGAUAAGCUCUUUCAGCCAAUGUAAACCAGAACUCUUUGUUUCAUAUGAUCGUUACAAACAGUCACAACUAUGGCAAGAAGGACUAUUUUGGUUAGCUAAUAUAAGGAGACCAUAUAUUAACCAUUUCCUGGUAUGUUUAAUAAGCCAAGCCGUCUGUUUGAUAUGA